AUGGCAUGUCUUAUAACUGGGCUAAUUUUCGUAGUGGUCAGGAUAAUAGCAUUUCUCUGUGCCAGAAUCUGCUGUAAUAGAGACCCCUCCACCAAUUUGUAUGCUUCCUCCUUUUUGCUGACUUGUUAUGCCCAGUAUUUCCUGACUGGGUUAGGAUUGUGGAUCCUUCGAUGUAGCUCUCUUCAUUGA